UUCUCAACCACCACCAAUACAGUUUAAACAUUAUUCUUUAGCAAAACGCCUCGGAAGUGUUGGGUUAAGGAAUAUUUACACUUACAAUAUAUACUUUGUGAAAUGUGUGUGUGUAAAAUAGGGAUGCACCGAUCCGAUAUUUUGGAUCGGUAUCCACGCCGAUCCAAGCAUUUUGAGUGGAUCGGGUAUCGGUGAUGCGUGACCGAUCCAAAUCCGAUACCCGUGGUGGUUGAUUAAUAAACAGCAAACAUCAUAAACUAUUGCCUAAAUUAAUUUAUAUAAAAAAUACACUUAUAUAUUAAAUUGCAUUAAUGAAAAUAUAACAAAUAUUUUAUUAAAUAUGUUGCACAGCCGUCUGCGUCAGACGGGCAAGUUUAGCAGGCACCCUUUCCAUUUACCUCAGCACAUUAAACAUGUCGCUCAUUUGGAAGUAUUUUACGCUUGAUUCAGCAGAGAGUAGCACUGCAAAUUGUAAUGUCUGUAAAGCCAAAGUUUCGCGAGGUGGAUGUAGUAUUUCGAAUUACAAUACAACAAAUUUAAUCAAGCAUCUUCAGAAGCAUCAUGCAAAAGAACACACGGAGUUCGUGCAAGUUAAGCGUAAAAAGGAUGAUCCGUCAAAGCAGAUGACCCUGACGGAUGCUUUUCAGAGUCAAAAACAAAUGGCACAACAGAGCGCAAAAGCUGUAAAAAUAACAGAAAAGCUCUUGGAAUUCAUUGUUCUCGAUGAUCAGCCCCUCUCCAUUGUGGAAAACAUCGGUUUUCGUCGCCUCAUGGAACAUCUGGAACCACGAUACAUUUUGACGUCUAGAAAGUACAUUUCUGAGAACGCUUUGCCUGAGCUGUAUUUCAAAGUUUCAUCUCAAAUUGCAGACAAAUUAAAAGAUGUGCAGUCCUUGAGCUUUACUACAGAUAUUUGGAGCUCCGAUGUGUGCCCCAUGUCUCUUAAGUUUAACUGCACAUUGGGUGGAUGCGAGUUAUGCUUUGCAAAGCACUGUGCUACACGUUAAGGAAUUACGAGGGUCACACACCAGCAGCGUGAUUUCAGCAUCCAUCAAAGAAAUGUUGGAUGGGUGGAAAAUCCCUAUAUCCAAAGUACAUGUGAUUUUAAGGGACAAUGCCAGCAAUAUGAAGAAGGCAAUGGAUGACCUUGGGGUCCCUAGUUUGGGUUGUGUCGUGCACUCACUACAGCUUGUUGUUAACGAGGGACUUUUGUCACAACGAAGUGUAAGCGACGUGAUUGCAAGUGCUAGAAAAAUUGUGGGGCACUUCAAACAUUCCCCGUUAGCAUACUCGCGUUUGUAGGAUCUUCAGCGCGAAUUUCAAAUGCCUCUGAAGCGUCUUCAGCAAGACGUCAAAACCAGAUGGAACAGCACAUAUUACAUGAUUCAGAGCAUCUUAGAACAGAAGCGAACUUUAUGUGCAUUUGCUGCCGACCACGAGCUGCCUGCAUCGAUGACUGCAAACCACUGGGCAUUGCUCGAGAAAACAAUGAUUGUACUGUCACCAUUUGAAGAACUGACUCGAGCCAUAAGCUCAUCAAGUUCAACAACAGCGGAUGUUAUUCCAACAAUUUCAGUUCUGAAACGUCUGCUAUCUCAGGAGAGAGACACGGACGCAAGGAUUAAAACAAUGAAAAGUACGCUACUACAAGCGGUCAACACAAGAUUUGGUAACAUCGAAGAUGAACCACUUUACUCCUUGGCAACUUUACUCGAUCCACGGUACAAAGACAGAUGCUUUACAAAUGAAGAAGCUGCCAUGCAUGCAAAAAAUGCCCUGAUUCAAGAGGUCGAGAAGAGAGAAAAAGCACUAGAGACAACAGCAACUACUGCUUUAGCCACUGCAGCGGAUCCAGCAGAGAUGGUUUCCCAUGCAAAGGCAAGUGGGUCCAGUGGACAUACAAGCAAGAGCACCUUCAUGAUGAUGUUCGAUGAAGUUCUCAACAAGGAACAAGAAGAAUCUGAAGGAGGAAUCAUUCAAACAUCUGCUCUUGUACAAGUACAAGCAUAUAUGACAGAGAAACUUAUCCCUCGGUCUGAAAAUCCGUUUCAGUACUGGGCAGUGAACAAUUCUCGUUUCCCUGCCCUUGCUGCUACUGCAUCAGCUUUUCUCUCUGCCCCCUGUACCAGUGUGGAGAGUGAAAGACUAUUUAGCACAGCCUCCAACAUCAUAGACGAAAAAAGAAACCGACUACUAGCAGAGAGAGCAGAAAUGCUAAUAUUCCUGAAAAAAAACCUGACAAUGUUUAUCAAGUGAAUCCUGACACAGGUUUCUGUCAUUGGUGACGUCUAAAUACUUAGACAUGGUUGUUCCAUUGGUUGUUGCAAUGUUGCAUUGCACUAUUUUCUUUUGAUGAGUGCAAGGUUUACUGUUUAAUACAUUUUGCAUUGUGUUUCAAAAGUUCUAAUUUAAGGUUCACUUUAAAAUAGUUUUUUCUCCAGAAAAUAAUUUAAUUUAAUAAUUGCAGUAUGG